AUGGAGAACGCCAACGGACUUGUUCGUGAUGAUGCUGGAGUCUGGAGAGACCAAGAGGGUCAUGUGUGCAAUGCGAGAGGCCAAAGGCUUGAUGGAGAUGGUAACAUCAUUCCCCCAGCACCUUUACCAGUGGAUGUUGUUGACCAGAAUCCACCACCUGCACCGCGUAGUAAUGCUGUGAUCGUUCCAAAUCAGAGGAACGUUCCAGAAGAUCAGAAUGUGAGGGAACGUGCACCUGCAGCUGGUCGUGGACGAACGCGCUGGCCUGAGCAGUUCUAUGCAAAUCGGUCUGCGAUUCGCGCUCCUGCGUUUCAAAUGAACGAUUUUGAGUUGAAGCAUGUGUACUACACUCUUGUGGGACAGCAUCCUUUUCAUGGUCACUCUCAUGAGCACCCUAUGGACCACAUCGAGAGGUUUGAGGACUUGUUGGAGCCAGGAUCACUCACUACUUGGGAAGAGACCAGGAAUGCCUUCCUGCACAACUUCUUCGAUGAUGCUCGGUCUGAGGAAUUGAGAACAAAAAUUUCGACAUUCUCUCAAGAACCAACUGAAGCGUUCAAGGCUUCUUGGGUGCGAUUCAAAUCGUACCAGCGAGACUGCCCCCAUCAUGGCUUUAGCGAUGUGCAGCUGUUGGGUAUCUUCUUUAGGGGUAUCGACUGGAGAUACCCAGACGAAGCUGUUGAGCUCAUCGAAAACUUGGCGUCUAGUAAUAACACCAAGAAUGCCGAUCUUGAGCGGAAGAGGCAAGCUGGGAGCAUGGAUAGAUCGCAGAUUGCUGAGGUGAAAGCUAAGCUUGACUCUGUGCAUAGCCUUUUAGUGGGUAAGAAGUCUGUCAGAUUCGCACAGGAAGUGGAGAGUUUCAAACCUGAGGAUGAAGCUGAGGUGGAGGAUGUCAACUUUGUCAGUGGAUCAGGGUUUCAGGGUCAGAGGUUUGGUAACAGCAAGAGGAGUACCUUCAACAGUAAUCAGAACUUCUCUGGUUACACGCCUAAGCCUCAGUACCAGAAGCCUUACUCCAACAACAGUCAGCAGAAGCUCACCGUGGACUUCAAUGGAAAGAUGGAUGCUCUCUACCUUGAUCUAAAUGGGAAAAUCGAAGCUUUGAACACUCAUGUCAAGCAGCUCGAUACGGAGGUUGUCCAAACUGCAGGUUCUGUUAAAAGGCAAGAAGGUUUCCUUCCUGGGAAGACUGACACCAAUCCGAGGCAUCACUGCAGUGCUAUCACGUUGAGGAGUGGUAAAAAUCUGAGUUAUGAGCCCAAGAAGACGCCUCCUGCACCUGAAGUCGUGGAUUUGGAAGACCCUGAAGAAAAAGUCUACAAACCUAAGGUUCCUUACCCAAGGAGCCCUAGGAAGUCCAAGCAAGAACUAGAUGAUGCACGAUGCAAGGCUUUGAUGGAAAAGCUUGUGAUUGAGAUACCUAUGGUUGGUGCUGUGAAAAUCACUCCUGUUAUCAGGCGUUAUGUGAAGCGAAUGGUGACCAAGAAUCUCAGCCAUGAACAAGGAGUGAUGAUGAUUUCUGAGCAAGUCAGUGCUGUGAUUCAAAACCGAAUUCCAGAGAAGCUGACUGAUCCAGGAAGCUUUGUUUUGGAUUGCUCCAUCUUCACGGAGAGAUUCAAGAGAUUGCUGUGUGAUCUGGGUUCAAGUGUCAAUCUCAUGCCAUAUUCAGCCGCUGUCAAUCUCGGUAUGACUGACUUUAAACCAACAAGGAUAUCUCUUAUCCUAGCUGAUCGAUCGACAAGGAUACCUGAAGGAGUGUUGGAAGAUGUUCCAAUCAAGAUUGGAGACUGCAUGAUACCGACUGACUUUGUGGUUCUGGAGUAUGGAGAGGAGCCUAAGGAUCCUCUUAUCCUUAGGAGACCUUUUCUAGCUACAGCAGGUGCUAUCAUCGAUGUCAGGAAAGGCAGGAUCACUCUGAAUAUUGGAGAUCUGGUGAUGAACUUUGACAUGCACAAGCUGAUGAAGAAGCCCACCAUCGAUGGUCAGACCUUCUACGUCGACACUCUCACAGAAUUUGCAGAGGAGAUCUUCCAUGAGAUGCUACCUACAGACCCACUGGAGAGAGCUUUGACCACAUCUGCAACCGAAGCUGAGCACUUGGACGAAAUUUCAGCAUCUUACUUGAAGAUGUUGGAUUCCAGCGAGCAUGUGAUGCAGCUGGCAGCGCAGAUAUAA